GUGAUGGUGGUAAGAAGCAAGAGGGUGGCAAGGGCCAACAGCAGCAGCAGCAGCAACAAGGCGGGGGAGAUGGCAAGAAAGGUGUCGGAGGUGGUGGUGGCGGCCAGCCACAGCAGCAAGCAGCUUCAGCCGCUCCUGUCCAGCCUACCGCCUACCCUUACGGCUAUCCUCAACCACCCUACGCCAGCAUGCCUUAUCUCAUCCCCCAUCCGCCUCACUCCUACUCACAUCAAGGCCCCUCACCAAACACGACUCAUCGACCCGAGUCCAUCACAUUCGCAGGCGCAGGUCUAGUCUGCUCCUUGGUCCUCCUCUUCGUCCAACUGAUCCUCGCAAUUACCCUCUGCCGGGCUCCCUCGCCUGCCGCACUGGUCUUCACCGUUCUACUGGUGAUCGUCUUCCUCAACGCUGUGGGGAGUUUCGGGCGGAAUGUCCUUGAAGGCGAUUCGGGGAGGGAGACGACCCUCGCAUGGAUGCUUCGGAUCGCACGAGCCGUAAUGGUUGCUCUAGAGACAUUCAUUGCCGCGGAGAAGAGCAGCGCGCCUCCUCCUAAGCCUUGUUCUCCUCCAUACCUUAUGGCGACGCCCUGCUGGCCUGCACCGCCUCCUCCUGCUCCUGCACCGCCUCCUCCUGCUCCUGCCCCGCAGCCGCAGCCACAACCGCAGCCGCAGAAGGAGCAGCCGAAGAAAGAAGAGCCCAAGAAGCAGCAGGAGCAGCUGAAGAAGGAAGAGAAGAAGGAGGACAAGAAGGAGGAUAAGAAGGAGGAAAAGAGGAAGGAAGAGACAGAAAUUGAUAAGCUGGUCAAGAAGUACUUGGAGAUUCUCAAGAAAUCUCCGCCCCCUGCUCCCACACUCCCUCCUGCCCCCGCCGCACCACCUCCAGCACCAGCACCAGCACCAGCUCCCCCUGCUAGCCCUCCCGCACCCAAACCCAAGCCGCAGAAGCCCAAGCCUCCCCCCGAUCAGCCUGCCUCGUGUUACCGUGAUGGGAAGCGCCGUGUCAAGACUUGGUUCUCGAGGGACGGGGAAUGCUGGGGAACUGUGGAUUGUGGGUGCGGGUGUAGGAGUGGAUGACAUGUUGAGUAGACAUCAUAGCGUAGCCACGACACAAUGACGAGCAGUCAGCGCAAGUGCGAUACUAUGCAACUGAAAUCGUAUGAAGGGGCACAGAUACAGGAAGCGACACGUCACAGAAUCCGAAA